AUGGACGGGGGCGCCGCCUGCGCAGCGGAGCGUCCGACGGCGGACGAGAUGGAUGCGCAGCGACGGGAGACGGUGGUCUACCAGUAUCUGUGCCGUCUGGAGGAGGCAAAGCGCUGGCUGGAGUCGUGCCUGGGGGAGCGCCUGCCCCCUGCGCUGGAGCUGGAGCGGAGCCUGCGCAACGGGGUGGUCCUGGCGCGGCUGGGCAGCCUGCUGGCCCCCGACGCCGCGCCCCCGGCCCGCAUCUACGACGCCGACCAGACCCGCUACAAGGCCUCCGGGCUGCAUUUCCGCCACACGGACAACAUCAACUUCUGGCGCGGCGCCAUGGAGACCCUCGGCCUCCCCUCGAUCUUCUACCCAGAGACCACGGAUGUGUACGAUGGCAAGAAUCUCCCUCGGGUUGUGUACUGUCUCCACGCGCUGAGCCUGUACCUGUUCCAUCUGGGCCUGGCCCCGCAGAUCCUGGACCUGGACGGCCAGCUGAGGUUCACCAGGGAGGAGCUGAGCAGCGUCAGAUCGGAGCUGGACCGACAAGGGCUGCAGCUGCCGGCGUUCGGUGGCAUCGCCGACCUCUUGGCCGGGGAGACAACGGGGCAGCAGGCGGUGUCCGUCACCCACGGUCACACGGUGUGGGGGCUGCCCGCUCAGCGCCGGCCCCCGCGGCUGAGGCGCGGCUCCUCACCCGCAGCGCUGCGGGCCGCGGGCCGCGUCAACGCCGCCGUCCGGCGCGGGCGGCCCGAGGAGACCCUGCGCGAGCUGCGGAGCCCGGCCGCCCGCCUGCCGCCCGUCGUCCCGUCGGCCGCCCCCCUGUACCAGCGGGAGCUGCGGGCCCUGCAGAGGCGGCGGCCCGGGGAGGAGCUGGGGCCCGAGGAGCUGUUCGUGGCCGUGGAGAUGCUCUCGGCCGUGGCCCUGGUCAACGCGGCGCUGGACGCCGGGGACGCCGGGGCCGUGGGGGACUCCCUGGGCGCCGCCGCCGCCGCCGGCCUGGCCGAGGUCCGAGGGGAGAACGCCCAGCGCUACUUCGAGGCCUUGCUGCGGCUGAAGGAGUCCCGGGGGGCCGGGGGCUUCCUGUGCUGGAAUGAGCUGCAAGACUGCGUGGGCCGGGUCAACAUGCAGGCCCGGGCGGAGGCCGAAGGCCAAGCCGCUGCCGUCAGCAUCAUCAACGCGGCGCUGCGGCGGGAUGACCCGGCCGAGACCCUCCGUGCCCUGCUCCUGCCCCCCGCCCGCCUGCACCCCGUCAUCCGCUCCGACGCAGCCGCCCGCUACCAUUAUUUGCUGGCUGCCGCCCAGGCGGGCAAGCCCGGCCUGCACCCUCCCCCAUCCCGGCGGUACAGCUCCCGCUCCGGCCCGGCCCCCUUCCCCCAGGCUGCGGGUGCCGACGCCGCGCUGACGCUGGACGAGAUCGGUCAAGUCGUGGCCCGGGCCAACGAGGACACCGAGGCUGCCCACGGGGGUGAGUUCGAGGGCCACCUCCCUAGCAGUGAGUCUGAGAGCUGUUUCCCCCCCAUGUCUGUCUCCCAUUUUUGCCCCCGCUUUCUCACCGUCCACGUCGGGUCCGUGUCCUCUCCCCCUCCCGUGUCUCUGCGCGUCCCCCGGGCCUCAGAGGUGCUGGCCGUGGCGGCCAUCGAGCGGGCGGUCCGGGCGGGUGGGCCGGAGCCGGCGUUGCUGCGGGCCCUGGGCUGCCCUGCCGUGGGCCUGCGUGGGGUCCAGGCGGCCGGGGCUGCGGGCUACCAGCAGCGACUGACCGCUCUCCUGACCGGGAAGCGGACCCCAGGGCGUGAAAGCCCGUGGGUCCAGCACCGGCUCCGGGACGGUUCGGCCUUCUACCUGCAGCUGCGGACGCUGGAGGGGUCCUGGGCGCCGCCCCCCGCCCCGGCCCCCGUCCCACCCCCGGCCCCGCUCACCCGCCGGGAGAUCCAGGGCGCGGUCAGCGCGGUGGCCGAGGGGCUGGGGCGGCGGCGACUGUGGGCGGCCCAGGAGGAGCUGGUGGUGCGACUGCAGGCGCGGCUCAGGGGCUGCCUCGUCAGGCGCACCUUCGCCGCGCGUCUGCGUCAGCUGCGGGCACGGCGUUGGGAUGCCGCCGUCCGCAUUCAGUCCUGCUGGCGCGGAUACAGACAGCGGCGAGCAUUUGGGGAGCGACUGGUGUUUCUCCGGAAGAACGCGGCAGCUGUCAUCCGGAUCCAGGCCUGGGUGCGCCGGUGGAGGGUGCAGAGACGAUACAGAGAGCGACAGAGGCAUUUCCAAAAAAACGUGGCCGCCGUCGUGAAGAUCCAAGCGCGCGUCCGGGCUUGGAAGGCGCAGAGCGACUACCACUUGCUGCUGCGGGCCCCUCACCCGCCGCUGCGCGUGGUGCGCCGCUUCGCCGGGCGUCUGAGCCGGGGUCGGGAGGAGCGGGCGGAGCUGGGCCGGCUACAGGCGGAGCUGAGCCGCAGGGUCCGGGCCAACCGCGCCCUGGAGCGAGACCUCGACCUCCUGGACGUCCAGAUCGGCCUGCUGGUCCGCAGCCGGGCCACGCUGCAGGAGGUGGCAUCGCAGUGCCGGAGGCUGACGCGGGGGAACAGGGAGCGGCUGGCAGCCUUGCUGGGGCCCGGCCGGCCCGAGGGGCUCAAGUCUCUGACCCGGGAGAAGCGGCACCAGCUGGAAGCCUACCAGCACCUGUUCUACCUGCUGCAGACCCAUCCCACCUACCUAGCGAGGCUCAUCGCGCAGAUGCCCCCGACCCGGGCGAGCCGCCUCCUGGAGCCGGUGGUGUUCUCCCUGUUCAACUACGCGUGUGGCCGGCGGGACGCCUACCUGCUGCUGCAGCUCUUCCGGGCGGCCCUGCAGGAGGAGAUCAGGGCCCGAGUGGACCGGCCCCGCGACAUCGUGACGGGGAACCCGCCGGUCAUCCGCCUGGUGGUCAGCUUCUACCGGCGGGGGCCCGGGACGGGCGCGCUGCGGGCCAUCCUGGAGGGUCCCGUCCGGGACGUCCUGCGAGACCCGGCCCCCGCUGUCCGCACGGACCCCGUAGACGUCUACAAGGCCUGGGUCAACCGCACCGAGGCUCAGACCGGGAAGAAGAGCGCCCUGCCCUACGACGUCGGCCCCGACGAGGCCCUCAGCCACCCCGAGGUCCGGCAGCAGCUGGAUGCGGCCAUCUGCAGCCUCGUCGCCUCGGCCUCGCGCUUCUCGGCUGCCAUCACCGCCUCCGCGGAUGGGAUCCCGUACGGGAUGCGCUACGUGGCCAAGGUCCUGAGGACGAGUCUGGCUGAGAAAUUCCCCGACGCCGAGGCCGAGAUCUGGAAGGUGGUGAGCCACGUCCUGUACUACCGCUUCCUGAACCCGGCCGUGGUGGCCCCGGACGCCUUUGACGUGGUGGACCUGGUGGCCGGAGGGGCCCUGACCCUGGACCAGCGGCGUCACCUCGGCGCCGUGGCCCAGCUGCUGCAGCGGGCGGCCAGUGGCCAGACCUGGCCCGGGCCUAGCUGCAGUCACCUCCAGCCGCUCAACGACUUCCUGACGGAGGGACACCACCAGUUCAGGAAGCUGGUGGGCAGGGUGUGCCGCGUCCAGGAGCCAGAAGCGCGCUUUGGCGUCGAUGAGUACGCGGAGCUGGUGUCCGUGGCCCGGCCUGUGGUCUACCUCACGGCCGGGGAGCUGGUCAACAUCCACAAGCUACUGCUGGCACACCGGGACUCCGUCGCCCCGGACCCCAGGGACCCGCUGCGUGGGCUCCUCGAAGACCUGGGGGAGGUGCCCUCCAUCACAGCUCUGCUAGGGGUGGCCGAGGAAACCGAUGGCGGCCAGCUGGACCAGCUGGAGAUCUCCCUGACGCUGACCGCAAAGCCAGCCGAUGCCGUCGCCGCCGCCGCCGCCGAGGCUGACACGGACCAGGCCGCCGCCGGGAGCCUGUUGCUGAGCGCGAAGCAGAUGUUGGCCGACGUGAUCGAGUUCCAGGCGGGGGACACCGUCCCCGAGGUCCUGGCCCUCCCGCCGUCCCAGGCGCAGGAGGACGCCCACCAUCGCCUGCAGCUCCGCCGCCGCGAGCAGGAGCUGCGGACCCCCGGCCCGAGGGGUCGCGACCUCCGCCCGCCCCUGCUCACCCUGCAGGAGAAGAAACGCCGUCUUGCCCGGGACCUGCGGCGACUGGAGGGGCUGGGGGUGCUGGCCCCGGCCGAAGGCUACCAGGGCAUCGUGGACGAGAUGGCUAAGGACAUCCGGCAGCAGCACGGGGCCCGACAGCGGGUGCGGAUGGAGCUGGCCAAGCUGCGGGCGGCCCUGCGGGCCCUGGAGGCCAAGGCGGCCUUCCACGAGGAGCAGCUGGACUACUAUGGCCAGUACCUCCGGACGUGCCUGGGCGGGCUGGCGGCCAGCGGCGGGGACAGGUGCCCGGGGAAAGGGAAGGCCCCGUCACCCGUGCGCUACACGGCCAUGCGGCUCCUGGACAAGGGGGUCUUGCUGGGCAUCGAGGGACUCCCGCCCCAACAGCUCCGCAACGUGAUCUUCGACAUCGCUCCGGGGGUCCGGGCGGGACAGUUCGAGGUCUCCGCCCGGUUCAUGGGCGUCGAGAUGGAGCAGUUCCAACUUAACUACCAGGACCUGCUGCAGCUGCAAUAUGAGGGGGUUGCUGUCAUGAAGUUGUUCCACAGGGCGACAGUCAACGUGAACCUUCUCCUCUUCCUCCUCGACAGGAAGUUCUGCAAGAAGUGAGGGGGCGGCGGGGGGCGGAAGGGGGCUACCCCCCCCCAUCAUCA